CAUUUUAUUGACAAAUUAUAAAAAUCUGUCCAUUGUUUUUAGUUUUCUCUCCCAGAUUCAUCCUUCCGUCCCUUGGAAAUACAAAGGACUUCGCUGCUAUUCUCAAUUUCAAUUUUUAUCCUAAAACGCUUAAAAAAAAACAACAACUAAAACGAUGGCGAGGAGACCGGACGAGGAAUACGAUUACUUGUUUAAGGUAGUACUAAUCGGCGAUUCUGGCGUUGGAAAAUCUAAUUUGCUUUCUCGAUUUACUCGGAACGAGUUUUGCUUAGAAUCUAAAUCUACCAUCGGCGUCGAAUUCGCCACCCGCACUCUCCAAGUUGAAGGGAGGACUGUGAAAGCUCAGAUAUGGGACACUGCUGGUCAGGAACGGUACAGAGCAAUAACCAGUGCUUACUAUAGAGGUGCUCUUGGAGCUCUUCUGGUGUACGAUGUUACCAAGCCAACGACUUUUGAAAAUGUGAGCCGAUGGCUGAAAGAACUCAGGGACCAUGCGGAUUCUAACAUUGUAAUUAUGAUGAUUGGGAACAAGACUGAUCUGAAGCAUCUCCGAGCAGUUGCCACAGAGGAUGGUCAAAGCUAUGCCGAGAAAGAAGGCCUUUCAUUUAUUGAGACAUCUGCACUAGAAGCAAUAAAUGUUGAGAAGGCUUUCCAGACCAUUCUCUCUGAAAUAUACCGCAAAAUUAGUAAGAAGUCACUUUCUUCAGAUGAGCCAGCACCAGCAAGUAUUAAAGAAGGGAAGACCAUUGAUGUUGGAGCACCCGAAGCCAACACCAAAAAGGCUUGCUGUUCAUCAUCUUGAACAUGUUACAAUUUUCAUUCCUUUCUUUUGUGUAAUCAAUGUGUUGUAUUGUCAAGACAUUCUUCUUGUUGCUAUUACGUUAUUUUGUAUCAUUACAAACAUUUGAACUAUUCAUGUUCUUGUGUUGUUGUAAGUUAUUGAUUAUUUUGACAUGGCUGUAAUUACCAUCUCCUCUGUCAAUGAUCUUAAGGGGGGUAAAAAUUUUCGACUGUUUCAGAUACCGGGAUUUUAUCAUCAUUUUUGUGAAGGCUUACAGGUUAAACAUUGAAGGUAUUGCACCCACUAAUCCUCAGUUGUCACUCAUGCAUUUCCUGUGGUUUGAAUCUUUUUGUCCUCAUGAAUACCAGAAUAUUAGGAAUUACUAAUAAUGGUUCCUGCACUCAAGUUCAGUCCUUCAACAUUUUGUUUUUCAGCAAAUACGGUAUAUAAUCUAACGAAAAUAUAAGAUACGAGGAACAUGCAUUGGUACUUCAACUUACACAGAAAAAGUUCAAGUAGGCAGCAUUUUAGUUUCUGAAACGUUCAUAUGAUAUGCAACGUGUUUACGAUCUAAAAGAGUUCCGGCUACUAGCCACAGCAAUUGUUCUUCUGUUCGAUCGGUUGUCCCUUCAUUUGAACAGUUCCGGCAGACUUGUUCCCAGUUGGCUGG